AUGGGCCAAUCAGGUCCUAGCCAAGAGGAGGAGGAAUCCCUCCUCUAUUCCCCACUCCUCCCGACCUCUGACCCUGACUCCACUAACACACUGGUGGAAAAAGAGGAGGCACAGAAUGAGACAAAAAUCCUGAGGAUGACCCUUACACCCCAGAUUGCUGAGAUGAAUCAGGAGACAAUCAGGAUCGAGAUACCGAUCCCUGAUCAACAGACACAGAGAAAGGAAGUACAGAAGGCUAAGAGCCUCGAAGAAAGUGGUUCAGAUGGAUUCCUGUCCAGCGAGUCAGGAAGCAGUAGUGUCCUAGCAGAUGAUGAAUCCUUCGAUUGGACCAUCAAAGCAAGAAUACCACCCUGGCCAACACUCCAGAUCAGCAAUCGAGCCCUUCAAGGAUUCUUGCACAAGAAACUCACCACCCUAUUCCUCAAUCAGAACUUCUUUGAGGAGGUCCAACAAUAUUCUGAAUGCAUUGGAGAGGAGAGGGAGUGGCAAUAUAAUGCUAAGACCAAAAAGGUUUGGGACUUACUUACCUGGGAGGUUCCAUACUAG